CCUCUUCGUCUUCUUCCUCGUGCCGCGGCCGUUCGUUCCCCCACACCCCACCUCUGGCCUCUCCCGACCAGAUCGGCGGUCAAAACCCUAGGCUUCCCCGGUCAAACCCCGCCGCUUGGUCCCCGGGCAGCUUGGGAUCUCCGAAUCGAGCCUCCAAUUCACAUUCGAGCUACUCCAGGAACCCAAUCCGUUCCCCAUCCGGAUGGGCGAUGGCGAUGCUGCGUCCGGGAGGAGGUGCCCCAAGCACCCGUCGGAGCCUCCCUUCACCGGCUUCUGCUCCGCCUGCCUCCUCGACAGGCUCCACGCUACCAAUCUGAUUGGUGUGGCCUCCCCAUCCCAGCCUCCCGCUCCUCCUCCUCCUCCCCUUCCCCUCCACCAGGACCCGGAGGAGCCGCCGCCUCCCUGCUCCACGGACGCAGCGGGGAGGAGGGAAGGGGCGGAGCGGACCACGCUCCUCCACCUCUUCCAGCUAGAGGACCAAGGGGAGGACACCAACGCCGCCGCGCCCUCCACCUCCACCAGUGGCGGCGGCGACGGCCAAGAUCCGCCGCCUCUCCUGCAGCGCAAGCGAUCCCUGACUCACUCCUGCAGCGAAUGGAUCGCCUGCUGCGACGCCAACCACUCCUCCUGCCUACCCUCCCGGCAGUCCCUCGACGCCUCCUCCUCCACCACAUCCGCUGCAGCUGCUGCUGCCAAUCCCCACCACCCAAACGACGCCGCUGCUUCUGCAAGGAGCAAUGGCGUCGCCAUGGUCGAGAGGAGGACGGGGAGCCUCAGGUGGAACCAAUUGUGGGCAAUCAAGGGCCUCCUCGGCAAGCCUGCGGGCCAUCUGCUCAGCAGGUCCUUCUCCGAGUCCUCCAGGUCAAGGUACGCCCUCCACCCCGGCGGUGGCGCCAUUGCGAGGUCGUCCUCGUCACAGUCCCAAGGCAAUCGCCUCAAUGGCAGCCGCUCCGUGUCCUCAGCUGGGAAUGGCUUGGACUCUUCUGAGAUAUCACUGCCCGGUGAUUCUGUUGGACGUGCUCAUGUCCACCAUUGCCGGCCUCGGCUCAAGGACAGGCUCCACUGGCUUCGCCGCAGCCGCAGCGUUCACUAUUCUUCACCUACCAGCAUUGCAGAUGCCGGUUUCACUCCUUUCAGAAGCAGAAGCAGCAGCACCAGGAGCGUGACACACAAGAACCAGCGCAGGUUUACUGCUGGUUUCUUUGCUGCUCAAAGACAUCGACACUAGCAUCUUACAGCUUGGCUACGCAGUUUGUAGUUGAAUCAGUAACUAAUAAUUAUAAAGGACCUCAAGAUUGUAAACUAGUAGCAUGGUAAGCUGAUACGUACUCCCUCCGUCCCAAAUUACUAUUCGUUUUGGCUUUUCUAGAUACAUAAAUUUUAAUAUGCACCUAGAUAUAUACCAUGUUUAGAUACAUAGAAAAAGUUAUGUAUCUAAAGAAGUCAAAACGAAUUGUAAUUUGGAACGGAGGAGUAGUAUUUCCCCAUUCUUUUUGUACUGUGUAUGUUGAAGGCAGAAUAAAUUGCUCGACUCAGGUAGUACCACGACCAUGUUCAUCCCUUGCUGCGUGUCAAUCUGGCAUGGCUAAUGAGGUACUCCAUCCCAAAUUACUAUUCAUUUUGGGCUUUUAUAGAUACAUAAAUUUUGCUAUGUAUCUAGACAUAAUAUAUAUCUAGAGUAAAAACGAAUAGUAAUUUGGGACGGAGGGAGUAGCUCUGUGCUGUAGUUGAACAAUUAAUAGCAACUGAUUCCAUACUUGCAUUGGCUGUUUGCAACUGACUGUCGAUGGAGUCUUCAAGCUGAGAUUCAUGCUGUGAACUUGACAUGUUAUACAGGUAAAGACCAUACGAAUCUGUAUGGAUUCUAGUAACUGCUGGCUAUCUUCUUGCGAAUUGCAACCUGUCGCUGUUUGUUGCCUGCUGCUUCUGUUUUGUGCCUGCGACUUGCUCUUUUUGAUUGGCCGGUCCUGAAUUUAUGGGGUUAUAUAUGUGUGCUCACCACCAAUCUACUGUGCUUCAGUUUUGUGGGUUGGAUCAUUGUAUUUCAAUAUUCAGGAAAGUUUGGUUUCCUUAUUUGAAUAUAUAUAUUAUAUGAGAGUUUAACCACAUCAUU